AUGGAAACAACAUCACUCAAUCCGCUCUUCAUCUUCUUCCUUUUCUUCUGCCUUUUGUAUUCUUCUGUUUCUAUAGAUCCUUCAGAUUUAGCUUUCGAAUCCACCUACAGUCGCCUCUGCAACCACCUUGUCCCUGCACCGGCGGUGAGUAACGAGGCCGGGACCGUCCCCGGCGUCGCCGAUGAGCUCCGGUUCCAAUCCGGCUAUUUCUCCGGCGGCGAUCGUCUCUUUAACCGAUCCGCCACGUUGAAGCACGUGUCGUUCCGCUUGACCUCCGUUCGCCGAAGCGCGACGGACGGCGUGUUUCAAUUGCGCGGUAAAAUGCUUCUCCAGCAGCGUAGAGGAGAGGCGCCGGCACCGUCGCCGGCGCCGGGAAGGUUGCUUCGGAGAGUGACGCAUUGGAGGGUUUCGAAGUGGAUGCGCGUUACCCUGAGUGGAUUUUGGUCGCAAUUUUCCGGUAACCUUUGUAUGUACGGAACAGGAACUCAUGUUAACAUGGAAAAUGCUAAUGUUGUUCUUAAGCUUCGUUACCCUAGAGAUCUGAGCCUUGUGAAUUGUUUGAUUAGUGGAACACUAGAAAGUUAUGAUGGCAAUAAUAGUUUGCAGUACUUCGAACCUAUUUCAAUAUUGGCUUUGUCUCAGAGUUCGAAAUACAAGUUUACAGUGGCUGGGAAUGAAAGAGAGAAUGGCUGUGGAGGUGGAUCAGAUAGGGAGGGUUUGUCCCUUGGAAACUUAAACCAAGGUGCUUGCACUGCUUUUCUUGGACACACGGAUUGGUAUGAAUUGGAAUAUGGGAGUCAGUGUGGUGAUGGUAGUUGCAAUCCUGUUAAUGGUAGUGGUGAAGAGUUGCCUGGUUAUAUGCUUUUUCACGGUACUCUAUGUGCGGAGAGGAAGAAAGUUCAGAUCCUGUUGGGUUUUCCUGAUUCCGGUUACCAGGAUGCUGUAUUUCCGUUUCAGCCGAAUACAACUUUGGUUUCUGAGGGGAUGUGGGAUGAGAAGGAGAAUCGGCUAUGCGCAGUUGCUUGCCGGAUCAUGAACUUCACAGACUCUUCUUGGCUUAGUCCUUAUGUUGGAGAUUGCAAAAUUAGGCUCACCUUACAUUUUCCUGCAAUUUUAUCUCUGAGGAACAGGAGUACAGUUUUGGGGCAGAUUUGGAGUGACAAAGUGGUUGAUGAACCUGGUUACUUCAGUAGUGUUGGAUUCCGGGGUUCAUCGAGGGUAUCAAAAAUCCUCCAUGGCUUCCAAUACAAGUAUGCUGAAACUGAGAAGGUGACAAAAUCUUGUGUGGGAAAGAUGAAUGCUGGAGGAAAGGGAAAUACAUAUCCGAAUGGGUAUUCUUCUGAUAUGGCAUUUCGCAUGUUAGUGACGGACAGCAAAGGGAAAGUGGCUCAAGGUUACUCAUCACCACUAUCUGUCAAUGAUCAAAUUUAUAAUGGACAGUCGUAUGGAGCUCCAACUGUGUGGACAACUGAAAAGCCAAAAGCACAUGGUAUUCAAUCAGAAAACUACAGCAAUUUGUUGAAUGUCAGUUAUACGAUGAUAGUUAAUUCCCCUCCUGAUUUCAAGUUUGGUACAGGAGUCUUGUCAACCGAAGUCAAAAUUGGUGCUGAAGGAAUUUACAAUAAGAAUAAUGGAGUUCUUUGUAUGAUAGGAUGUCGGCUUUUGAGAUCAAUGGACAAAAUACUUAUAAAGAAUGAGUCUCUGGACUGUGAAAUCAUGGUUAAUGUUCAGUUUCCUCCUUUGAAUGCAAAAGGAGAUGAAUCUCUCAAAGGAACUAUAGAAAGCACGCGACAAAAGUCAGACCCUUAUCAUUUUGAUCCCCUUCGGUUGUCUUCAUAUUCCAUUUACACAAGCCAAGCAGAUGCUUCCAUAAGGAGAAUGGAUUUUGAGUUAAUUAUGCUGUUGGUAUCAAACACACUUGCUUGUGUGUUUGUAGGAAUGCAACUCCUGCACGUGAAAAAGCAUCCAGAUGUGCUUCCUUACAUUUCUGUUGUGAUGCUUGCUGUUAUUACUCUAGGUCACAUGAUUCCUCUGAUAUUGAACUUUGAAGCUUUAUUCAAGGGGAAACACAGUUUGCAGAAUGCUUUUCUUGGGAGCGGAGGCUGGCUUGAAGUGAAUGAGGUGGUUGUGAGGAUGGUGACUAUGGUAGCCUUUCUUCUAGAGUUGCGCCUUGUACAAUUGACCUGGACCUCAAGACAGGGAGAGGGAAACCGUCCAGGUCUCUGGGGUUCUGAUAAAAAAGUUCUUUAUAUGAUUCUACCAUUGUACAUUGGCGGUGGAUUGACUGCUUGUUUGGUGCACAUAUGGAAGAUUUCUCGCCAGAACCAAUUUAAACCAUUCCGGCUUUCUCGCCACAAGUUUAACCUUCUUCGUGGACAUGUAUACCAACCUCCUUCCCUGUGGGAAGACUUUAAAUCUUAUGCUGGUCUGCUCUUGGAUGGUUUUCUCCUCCCACAGAUUCUGCUUAACAUAAUAUUUAACUCAGAAGGGAAAGCUCUAGCAACUUCCUUUUACGUUGGGAUAACAAUUGUUCGUAUAUUGCCGCAUGCAUAUGAUCUUUUUAGAGCUCACAGUUCUGCAUGGUACCUUGAUUUAUCAUAUAUAUAUGCAAACCAUAGAAUGGACUUUUAUUCCACCGCCUGGGACAUCAUAAUCCCUAGUGGUGGUAUUUUCUUUGCUCUUCUUUUAUACUUUCAGCAGAGAUUUGGCAGUCGGUGCAUUCUUCCAAAGAAAUUCAGAGGAAGUUCUGCCUAUGAGAAAGUACCUGUUAUUGGCAAUGACGAUUUAUGA